AUGCAUUCCUCCACCAUCGUCUCCUUCCUCGGCGCCAUUGCCAUCAUGCCCCUGGCUCUCCUUACCAACGCCGGGCCUUCUUAUCCGCCCGCGCUUGCAACACGUCAGUACCAGAGCUACUGCUGUAUUCCCGGCUGCCUCUCGUGCGAAAUCAACGAUUGUUUAAACGAACCCUGCUACGGUGUCUACAGCAGCUGUUGUUCCGAGGGCCGUCGUGAAGUAGGGGAGGAUGGGGAGCUUCAGAUCUUCAACGUCAACGGUGAAAAGAUGGAGUUUGCAAAGUAG